ACCGUCGGCUUCUUUCUUCACACUGCUGCAGUGACCACAACAGCGACCAGCGACGACACAACGAAUGGCGGAGAAGUCAGAAUAAAACACAUUACAUAUAGACAGCUGCAGCUAUGGGCAAGUCCCAGUCACACUUGGCCAAGCACAAAGAUGAGAGUCAGGACGCACUGACGGCCGACAGUCAAACGGAGGAGGAUGGAAAGAACGGAGACGUUUCUCAGUUUCCUUACGUUGAGUUCACGGGGCGAGACAGCGUCACGUGCCCCACCUGUCAGGGCACCGGCAGAAUCCCCCGAGGACAGGAGAAUCAACUGGUGGCCCUGAUUCCAUACAGCGACCAAAGACUGAGGCCGAGCAGGACAAAGCUGUAUGUCACGAUAUCAGUGGCUCUGUGCCUGCUGCUGUCUUGCCUGGCCGUUUUCUUUCUGUUCCCUCGCUCUAUCGAUGUCUCCUACGUGGGAGUGAAGACUGCCUACGUCUCCUAUGACCUGGACAAACGAAUCGUCUAUCUCAACAUCACUAGCACUCUGAACAUCACCAACAACAACUACUACGCCGUGUCGGUGACCAACAUCACGGCACAAGUGCAGUUCUCCAAGACGGUGAUCGGAAAGACCAAGUUCAACAACAGCUCCGUGAUCAUCCCGCUGGAUGAGCGGCAGAUCGACUACACCGUUCCCACCACCAUAGCCGAUGAGAUGAGUUACAUGUUCGACUACUGCACCUUGCCGACCAUCAAAGUUCACAACAUAGUGGUCAUGAUGCAGGUCACGGUGACAACGUCGUACUUCGGCCACGCUGAGCAGGUCUCCCAGGAGAUGUACCAGUACGUGGACUGCGGGGGGAACACCACCUCCUUGCAUGGGCAUGUGCAGGUCUACAAAUAAGGCGAGAAAGGAGAGCGCAGACAGGUGUGCUGUGACUCUUGCAGAGAUGACUUGGCUGACCUCCACGUCGGGAAUCUCGGCUCAUUAACGAUGGAAACAUGGACAGGGGUUGUAACCUUCUCUUAAAUAAGUCACACGGCUCACCUCCUCUUUAUUUCCCAACCACUCUCUUCCUUCGGCGCGUCAGAUGUGAUGUUAGAAAAAGGUAUGUGCUGGUAGAGAAGUCAAAUCUUACCUGACAGAGCCGGGAUUUCUCAGCUUGCAGGAUUUGCCUCGAGGUUUGAAAUCCUGUUUCCACCCUGGUGCCAACAUAAAUAAACAGAUAUGGUUUUAAUAUUCAGGUCGACAUUCCCAUCACGUUUACACCCGUCACUCCUCAACAACUAAAUAAACAGCUGGAAGCAGUUGACUCAGAUAUGAUGCACUUUAACCCCUUACCUAAAGAUACACGCUGAGGAAGUACCAGAGGAAAACUGCGGCUUAAACACCCUCUUUUGUUCACUACCACUUUGAAAACCACAAACCUGAGGGGCGGGGAGCUUUUUUAGAAAGUGAAACCACUGAGUGAUUUUCUUUAUUUUUACCAUUAUUUCAUUUCUUCCAACAGCAGCCUCUCUUUUGAUUAGGAUUAAUGUUAGGUGAUUUGACAUAGAUAAGGGUUAUUUUAAGUCCUCUUCUUUGGGCUCAGAUUAGUUUUUGUUUCCUGCUUGAGUAAAGGUAGUCCAAGUCUUCUUCCUGCAACAUUUACCUGAGUGAUAAAUAAGCGAACGUGACUACUGUGAAGACUUUAACAUAGUGCAAUGAAUAUACAGAAUAACUUUGUAAAAGGGAUCAUAUUUUUAAUUCUAGGGGCAAUGUGGGAGCCUUAAGGGUUAAAUAUACUUGCUUUUGAACCACGUGAAUGCUUAGGCAACCGGCUGAGUUGUGAACGCAAAGGUUCACAUACUGAUGUACGACGUGUGAUACUGGAUGAUUCCUCUAGAGGGAGCAGGGAGCGCCACAUAAAUCAGACGACGUAAAACACUGAAGUAGAGAUGCAUGUUUGUUACCAUGCAACGGCAAUGACACCUCAUAGUGCGAGUAGUUGUGGACUUGAUCUAAUAACUUUUCUUUAAACUUUCCAACAUUGUUGUAUCGGCUCUCUGGUGUCUCCGAUCUUGUCAUUUCCGCUCUCAUCACCAUACAUCUCUACACUGCUCCUAGUGGUUAUGUGCAUAUUGGGUUAGGCAAUGGCGUUUAUUUCUGAGGUCGUGCACAACCAGCACUCCAAACCACUGCAGGAUACACAAGGCCGAUGUCGUGCGUUCGCGUAGUUAAAAGCAAGUAUACUCAGGGCUUCAGGAGGCUGUAAAAUGUGUACAUGUUCGUGUAACAUUUGAAUUUGUCCUUCCGGCUUGCCGUUAAACGUGUUUAAUCUCAAAUAUUUCUGCUGUGAGAGAAGCUGUCUUUUUCUUUUAUGAGAUUGUCCUAUUUUUGUGGGCUGUGGUGUCAUGCAUUCACAACAGGGUAAUUGCUGUAUUUUAUUCAUUUCGCCUGCAUCUUUAACACGAGUUGACUUCAUCUUUUUUUUUUUUUUUUACUGAUCAUGAUUCCUGUUUUACUUUCUUGUGUGGUAUCAUUUUAAAUUGGCUGAUAAUUGACAGAAGUGGAAAAUAAAACAUGUUCAGAUACUUGGAAAUGUUUUUUAAAAAAUCAUGUAAAAUACAGAACCUGACACCCGCAAUACAACAUGCAAGAAAUGUGAAUCAUUCUCAUGUACUGUAAAACUUCAAAUAAAGGCCCAUCCUAAUUUAAAGCCCAGUCCCUUUUACUGGCCUGGUGUUGCUGCACGUUUUGACAGUCAGAGGCCUCGAUGCAUUUAGUGUUGAAGAAGUUUGCAGAUCAAAGAUAAGGAGGAAAAGCAGCACGACACGCAAAGAUGAACUUCAACGUCCAAGAAUGGACCAACCAACUCUCUUCAAAAGCUUGAUCAAAUUAGUGACUUGUAAUUUUAAAAAAAGUAAUCAAUAUACUCAUUUUGUAUUUGUACUCAGUUUAAUAUUCUUUCUGCUGUACAUUGAUAAGGUUUAAAGACUUCCUAUCUUUGCUGUGCACGAGUUGUGUCUAAAAGUAAUUCACGCCUGUCCCAAAAGAAGGCAGGCUCCUUUUAUACCCUGAAGUAAAUAAAAGCCCGGGCUAUCACUUUGAAGUUUUACGGUACUUACAGAGAACUGUGGAGCCAACCUUUCUUGAUAUUUGCUUACAGGCAGCACAGUGUGUGAUUUGUCUCUUUGUAACAACCUCUCUGCGAUCAUUGUGUUUCUGAUGCAUGAAGAUGAAAAAUAAAGUCAAUACUUAUUUUAA